GAUUAUUUAGAUCAUCCUAUGUAAGUCUCCAUGCUCAUGCAUGUGCCCUCAGAGGUGCCAUCGCAGCCUUAACGGACGCGCACGCGCGCAGGCACUCCCCGCACACUCCAGCGUCACGUCACCAUGAGCGCGCGCUGCUGAAGGCGCAGUCGCUACGAGGUUCUCCGGGUUUCCUCUUCGCUUUGUCCCGGGAUCUGAGAACACAAUGGAGAACUCCAGCAGUGAUCCCAACACUGCGGCAUUUCUAAACUUCCUGGGGAAUGCCGUGAACGCAUCCAAGAUCCCGGACGUUGCCUUGGCGAGUUGGAGCGCGUCGGUGGAACCGGCGGUACCCGCGCGCUCGGCCGUGCCGUUCUGGGACUCGCCGCUGAGCCACGGCAUGAACGUGUUCGUGGGCUUCACACUGUGCUUCACCAUGCUCGGGCUCGGCUGCACGGUGGAGAUCAGUCAGAUGGGCGAGCACGUGCGCAGACCGGUCGGGGUGCUACUCGCGGCUAUCUGCCAGUUCGCCAUCAUGCCUCUGGUGGCCUUCCUGCUGGCGCUCGCCUUCUCUCUGGACGACGUGGCCGCAGUAGCGGUGCUGCUGUGCGGCUGCUGCCCGGGGGGCAACCUCUCUAACCUCAUGACCCUGCUGAUCAACGGCGAGAUGAACCUCAGUGUUAUAAUGACCAUCUCGUCCACGGUGCUGGCGCUGCUGCUCAUGCCCCUGUGUUUGUGGCUGUACAGUCGCGCGUGGAUCGACACGCCGGUGGUGCAGCUGCUGCCGCUGGGCGCCGUCACUCUCACCGUCUGCAGCACACUGAUCCCCAUCGGACUCGGGGUCGCGCUCAGGUCCCGGUUCCCCCGCGCCGCUGACAUCGUGCUCAAGGUGUCACUGUGGUUGAUGCUCAUCACACUGGUGCUGCUCUUCAUCAUGACAGGUCUCAUGCUGGGGCCCGAACUGCUAGCAACCAUCCCUCCCGCGGUGUACGUAGUAGCCGUGCUCAUGCCGAUGGCGGGAUACGCAGCAGGCUACGGGCUGGCCAUGUUCUUCUCUCUACCUCCCAACAGCUGCCGCACUGUAUCACUAGAGACGGGCUGCCAGAACGUCCAGCUCUGCACGGCCAUCCUGAAGCUGGCUUUCCCUCCACAGCUCAUGGGGGCAAUGUACAUGUUCCCGCUGCUCUACGCACUCUUCCAGGCAGCCGAAGCUGCCGUCAUCAUCCUGGUGUAUCGCGUGUACAGGAGCGAGGUGCUUCGCAAGCAGGACCUGAAUGAUGGGGACGAUAAUGACACCAGCGUCACGUACAAGAGAAUGGAGGAGGAAGAAGACGGGCCGUUUGACACAGCGUACGGUUCGGUUACCGUAAACAAUCCCAACUCCAUUGAGCUGGAGACACAGGGAGGGACAGGUAGCCCAACGCCUGUGUAGAAGACACACACACAAAAAUGGGACAUCACUGUGAACAGAUGCUUGAACUGUGCAAUACAUUGUGACAUUCCUUUGUUCACUGCUUUUAUGCCAAUCGCUUAAUCACUGCUGAAGUAUUAUAGCUGUAUUGCAGAUUUGGUUCCUCAUUACCCCAUCAUUGGUAAUAUAGCCUUUAAGGGCUCUGAAGCCUUUCAUCCAAAACGAGACCUAAUAAACACACUGCACGUUUCAGAACAAUGGAAUAGAUAUACAGCUUGAACCUUAACCUUGGGCUAAUCGCGCAUAUAUGGACAAUGAUCCUUCUUCAGUGACAAUCUGUGCUUAGGCUUACUUCGAGUGCAACAGAUAACCCUUUCCUGGGAAUUCAUAUAUUCAUAUUCCUAAAUGCUCAUUUUGCCACUGUAAUGACACUUAUAAAUAUGAUCAAAUAUAAAAAAAUUCAUCUAUAGGACUCUUCAAAUAAACGCCUUAUACAGAAUCUCAGUAAUAAAGUCACAGGCCUGGAGGAACCUCCAUACGCACUACUGUUAUCCAGAGUCAAUGUCUGGACAGUGGGAUUCUUAAGUACUAAGUAAGGUGUAUAAAGGAGUUUAUAAAGAUGUUCAGCACUUCUUUUGUUAAAAUACAGAACUGACCUGACUUUAUAUGCUUAACGCAAAUGGGAUAAAGGAGUCAGGAACAUAUACUGUUAAUAAAAGCAUCACAUUGCCCAGCUCUA